AAUUAGAGCCACUUCCUAUAUCCAAAAAGAGAGGCACAUAUUAUUAGCCCCUUAAUUUCCAUAUAGGAAACUAAGAAAUGGCACCAAAAAACAAGUAUGAUGAAGGCUCUUGUGUUGAAAACAAAUCCAUAGUUGAGUCUCUAUACAAGGCACUUCUUGGAGAAGGGCAAAUGGAAAUGGUUUCAAAGGUGCUAGCAAGUGAUCUUGAAUGGUGGUUCCAUGGCCCCCCAGAAUGCCAACACAUGAUGAAGGUCCUCACUGGUGAAACAGCACACAACAAAGGCUUCAAGUUUGAGCCUAGAAGCUUCACAUCCAUAGGAGAUUGUGUUAUCACUGAAGGGUGGGAAGGACAAGCCUAUUGGGUUCAUGUUUGGACAUUGAAGAAUGGCUUGAUAACUCAAUUUAGGGAGUAUUUCAACACAUGGCUUGUUGUUAGGGAUUUGAGUCCUCCAAGGUGGGAGAUCAAGCAAAAUAGCUUGACUCUCUGGCAGAGCCAGCCUCGCGAUUUGUAUCGUAGGUCACUUCCGGGGCUGGUUCUAGCCAUUUAGUACGUAUUUAAUUAGAUUUUUGUCUAUAAUUUUUAGACUAUAAUUUGAGAAAAAAUUUAUAAAAAAUGUAACUUUUGAACUUGCCAUAGUUCUAAGAAGUCUCAAUUGAAAAAUGUAUCAUAAUUUUUUAGGUACAAGUUAUGGUUAUGCAACUUGUGUGUACUUGAUUUUGUCAUAUGAUU